UGCACCCUGCUUGUGCACGCUUCCUGGAAGCGUUCAGCACCGUGAUCCGGUGCCCGCUGUGUCCUCCGGACACAGUGGAACACCGCUUGUCGGAUGGGACCUCUGUAUGAGGUCCCGAUCAUGUGAUCACUUAUUGGCCAAUCAGUGAUCACAUGCAGAGUAGUAAGCAAGAUGUCACUUGUGACAUCAUUGCUUACUACGUGUGAAAUCUGUGAAUGAUCACAGAGGUCACCGGAUUGCGGUUCCAUGAGCUCCCAGGGAGCGUGCACAGUCCAAAAUGGUGGGCGCCGUUUAUGAACGACAACCCGCUCCUGCACUGCUCCUGUCCAGCCGUUUAUAUACAUGGGCUGGACGGGAAGUGGUUA